CACGGACGCCGUGAAGUCCGUGUGCCUCCCCGCAAUUGCCCGCCACUUCGUUGAAACGAAUUUAUUUUUCUAGUGUAUCAUCGGACACCAUUUUCACGGCUUCAAGUCUCUGUGAGUUACGUCCAUCUCACAGGAAUAGGCACACACCAUUAUGUCUGAUUAUUCUUUACACCGUUCCAUGCGCUCUGAACCGAAUACCUGAAAAAGGCCAGCUUCCUUCAGUCACGCGGUAACGUGACAGUGUUUAGAUGCCGGUACAGAUGCCGCCCACCAGUUCAACGGCCGACCCGUUGAAGCGACCGGCUACAAAGGGCGUCAUUCCGCUCAAGCCGAUCCUAAAGUCUUCAUCAGCACUACUAGGCAAGCGAAAGCAUUCGGACGAUGUCAUUCCCUCCAGUGACGGCACCAUGGACGGAUCGCAAAGCCCCCAACGCAAACGCCAGAAGGUCGAGUUCGAUAUGAACCUUGAGAUACACGAGGUUGGCACGAGAUCGGUGGAGGAGGUCAAGCAGGAGAUACGCAAGGCUUUGGACGCGCACGCUCGAGGAGAUGACGAGGAAUACGACAUACUGAAGGAGACCGUCUCUGGCAAACAUCGGUACAAUGACGACGAUGAUGAUGAAGAUGCCGACCCGUCGCUGCCCGAGAAGAGACGCCAGGAACUUAAGGUCUGUAUGGUUGCUCUUGCAAGCUUUGUGCCGCAGUUGGGAAGGUCUGCGCAUGGACUCGUCAAGAGUGUCCUGCAAUGUCAGUGGCUAGGACGCGACGAGCAGUUCGCCAAGAUCUAUACCCAAUUCCUGGCAGCGCUUGUGAGUGCUCAGGGAUCUUAUCUGACACAAGUCGUUGCAAUGGUUAUUGAUAAAUUUGUCGACUCACAAUCGUCGGCCUGGGUGGUUGCUGGAUACCCCCAAGUCAGCCGAGAAGCAAUGCAAGAGCGACUGCAUCGUGGACUACAAUAUCUUCUUCAGGUUUUCCCCGCCGCGAAGUCAGUCAUUUCGCAGUUGAUGACCAGCAAAUUCCCAUACCAUGACGAGCCCAAACGCAUGUACCUUGCCUACGUUGACAAUCUCCUCAAGUUGAGACAAUAUACCCCGCAAUUGAAGACCGAAAUCACGGACCUGAUUGUCAAUCGCCUGGUUCAAAUAGACGUACAGAUGCAGAUGGAUCUGGACGAUUUAGAUGACAGACUCGCAUUCCUUGUCGCCGCGGCCCUCAAGGAAUCGCAAGCCGCCGCCGAGAAUCAAGAUGAGGAUGACGGAGACGACAGCGAUGCCGAAUCGGUCUUUAGUGAUGAGGAGGACGACGACGCGAACGAGGCAUCACGAGUGAGGAAAGUGACGGAGAGCAUUGAGAAGAUGGACUCUAUCAUGGACACCCUCUUCCAGCUCUAUACUCCGCAUUUCGUUAAUCCCGAAUCAGACGAGGCCACCAAGACAUUCGAAGACAUGCUGGCCGAGUUCUCACACAUCAUACUCCCUACGUACAAGUCUCGACAUACCCAAUUCCUCAUCUUCCACUUUGGCCAACAGUCUGAGCGGCUUAUAGACGCUUUCUGUGGCACAUGCAUCAACAUCGCCUUCGAGUCCCAACGCCCCCUCGUCUUGCGACAAGCUGCAACCGCAUAUCUUGCUAGCUUCGUGGCACGAGGGGCCAUGGUUCCUGGACACAUUGUCCGCACCAUCUUCGAGGUCCUUGGGUACCAUCUCGACCAGAUGCGUACGCUGUAUGAAACCACAUGCCGUGGCCCCGAUGUCCGUCGCUAUGCACCUUUUUAUGCAUUGAUGCAGGCACUGAUGUAUGUCUUCUGCUUCCGAUGGCGGGACUUGAUCAGAUCGGUGCCAGAGGAUGUUGACCAAGACGAUCCGUCGUCAUAUUUGGGUCAAGACAUCGAAUGGGAGUCGGAUAUUAAGGACAUCCUCAGGCGCAACAUCGACUCCAAGCUCAACCCCCUCAAAGUCUGCUCGCCCGCCAUUGUAGACCAAUUCGCCACGCUGGCGCACCGCUUCCAAUUUAUGUACUUAUACCCGAAAAUCGAGGCGAACAAGCGAAUUCGCCUUUCUCAAUUCGUCUCUUCGGCAUACGCUAACGGCGGCGCGUUGCGCGAAUCUGGUCUCGACUUGAGCGACGAGGGUUCGCAACAGCUGGACUCUUUCUUCCCUUUCGACCCAUACCAGCUUCCAAUGAGUAAACGCUGGAUCGACGAUGAUUACUUGCAAUGGAAGUCUAUCAGCCGUGACGACGAGGUUGAUGACAGUGACGACGGCGAGCCCGAUGGCGCAGAUGAUGACAUUGAAGAAGACACAGCAACAGAUGAUGAGGCUGGAGACGAGUGAGUUGAGAGAUAGUGGUGGCAUUGCAUUUACACCGGCGUGAAAGGCAUGUUAUGGUUAUGGGACGCACAAUUACCCCCCAAAAAUGGUACAGGUCUGGAAGGUAGGAAGAGCAUCACAGGCGUUUAUGAGAGGAUAAAUCACAUCAGCAGCUUCAUAGGUAUAUUCGUUUUCGAGCUAUAUUUAUAGAUGGCUAGGAGAUGAUCAUUGUUUCCGUAUCAACAUCUGAGAGUUUUAUGG